CCAAAUAGGAAAAUAAAUUUUUUGAAAAUUUUAAUUUUAGAAAGCCAAAGCAAUUUAACUGAAAGAAAGUAACGAAAAAUGGAUCCCGCAGAGCUUAUAGAUAUGGCGAAACGAGCCACUGAAUUGAAAAGUGUGAAUUAUAUAGAUGAGCAACCACAACCAGAAGUGGAGCCGGUCAAAAAGAAGAAAAAGAAGCUAACCAAAGCCCAAAAGCGUGAACUGCGACUACAAAGGGAGCUGGAGUUUAAGAAAUUGGAGAUAACGGAACAUCUCAAACGCGAACUCGAGUUAUCCAAGCGUUCGGCGAAAAGAGGUAAAGAGGAUUGGGAGGAAAUAUGUCGAGAGAUUAAAAUUGAGGAAUUGAAAACCGAGGUUUUGGAGUGGUCGAAGAAGACGCAGCGUGUAAUGCAACAGAUAGAUGAAAAAGUCCAAAGCCUACUUGCAGAUAUCGAGUCCACGCAGGAGUUGCACAAACGGAACUUUGAACGUCAUUUACAGGUGUUGGAUUUUGCCAUCAGUUGCUACAACACUUUGCUCGAAGUUUCCAAACAACUCUACGAAAGCGAGGCCCAACAGCUUAUCGAGGAGUUCAAGGACGAAUUGAACACACAUCAGAAGAUACAGGAUGGCUUCCGACUCAAUUGUGAAAAUAUUAUGCACGCCACGAAUUUGGUGGUGGAAAAUCAAAUGCUUACCGACUACGAGAUCUUCGUGGAGAAGCAAGAUAACGAAGUGAACACGGAAAUUGAGAAGCGUUUUGGCAUACGCGACGCGGUAAUCGCCAAAAUGAAAACGCUACACAAACAACUCAUCGACUUUAUUAACUCUUUGGUGAAUGUCUCGUUGGAUACGAAGAAAUACGAACACAUACAUAUGCUGAUGGAUCGUCAGCGGAACUUCGUCACCGAAUCACGACGUCUGAAUGAUAUAGAAUUUCGACUGACACGCACAGCCGGCGAAUUGCAACGUGAUUUAGUGCAUAACGAAGUGGAGGCGCAGCGCAAGCUCGCGGACCUUCGUCUGGAGCAAGAGUAUUUCCUGCAGGUGCGCAAGGGUAUCGAACGAAACAUCAAUUAUGAUCGGAAUGUCACGUUUGAGAAGCUGCAAACGCUUUCUGGCGAAUGUUAUGGCAUGUUGAAGGAUUACCAGAAACUGCUGAAAUACGGCGAGCUGCUGCUCUCGCAUGCCGCCAAUUGUCGGAAAUUACAGACAGAAUCGGAAAAGGUUGUUGCUCCCAAGGACGAAGAUGAGACUUCCGUCGAUGACGCAACAUUUGAACUCGAAGCUUUGAACUUGAAGGCACAUAUUGAUGUGUCCGAAGAGGAGCUUUCGAAGCAUAUGCAUUUAAUGAAAAACUUUUGGCAUCGUCAAGCGCUCGCUUCCACACAAAAUCUGCUCUUAGCCAAAGAGAAACGUGAACUAUUGGAAGAGAAUCAGAAAUAUAAGGAUUUCAUUAAGCUCAUGAGCAAACGAGAGAAUAUUGAUGAUAUGCUGAAAACUUUCACAGUGACGCCGCUGUUAGUGCCGAAGGAGCAGGAUUGUUACAAGAAAAACAUUUUGAAAUGA